UUCUUUCAAACAUUAAUUUAUUUUGUACGACAAGGUUUAGUUGUGUAACCUGAACUGAUCUGAAAGUCACUAUGUGGCUCAGACUGCAGCAACCCUUCUGCCUUGGCCUUCCGAGUGGUGGGAUCGUCACACAUGCACUCCCAUGCCUAACAAUGGCCGUGUGGGUGUCUUCUUCAUGUCCUAUAUGGGUAAGGUCAAAGAAGGAUGCCUUCUGUCCUGCUGUGGCACUCUCCACCUUCUUCCCUUGAGACGGGGUUUCUUACUGCCUAGAGCUAUGCUGGUGGCCAAUAAGACCCAGUCAUCUUCCAGUCUCCACCAGCUGUUUUACAUGGUAACUGGGAUGAAAUUUCAGGUACUUGUGCUUAUACAAGCGUUCUACCUCCUGAGCCACGCCCCCAGCGCCUCACUGGGGAUUCUAAGCAUGGCUCCACCCUCUGCCCCCCCCAGACCUCCACUGGGGGAUUCUACACAGGGCUCCACCCCGAGCCACGCCCCCAGCCCCUCAUUGGGGGAUUCGAGGCAGGAGUUCCACCAGUGAGCUGUGUUGUGUGGCACAUAUUGGUUUGUUCUGUCAUUCUUCUGCCUCAUCCUCCGCAUCACACCUGCUGUCUCUUCACAUUUCCAUUCCUGACAUCUGUUUCCUCACUUCAUCCUCUCCCAGACAUAUUGGCAGAUCAAGAGGCCUAACCUGCUGGGUGUGAUAUUUAAGGAGUUGUUGCUCUGGGUCUGAGGCACCUGAAGAGACAUCUGAGAACAGAACUUGGUGUGCUUUAGAGGAUCAAAGCUGCACAGUUCCCUCCCCCGAGUGUCACUCUUAGUUCUGCCCCAUGCAGCAGGCCCACUGGCAACAGAUGGGUAAAGGGAGGCACCAGGGUGCAAGCCUCAGCCUAUUAGGAACCUGAGGAUGUCAACAGAGCCAGGGAUGGAGGACUGGAGGACCUGCUUCCUCCAUCACCCGCUGAGGCCUUUUCAGAAUCCUCCAGGCUAUCCCAGUGGGUCCCAGUGAUGGAACUCAAGUCAAUCUGAGUGGCAAUAGCCUACACGCCCCUCCGCUGUCUCCCCGGCCCCAUCUCAUAGCUUUUGAGCAGAAUAGAAGGCGAGGUUUUCAGAGGAAAUGGGAGCACGCCCAGGAUGCAGGUGGCCUUCUCAGGAAAAAGCCAGUCUUAGCUCAUUAGGACCGGGCGGCCCAGAGGUUUGGGUUUUUUCCACCUGUAAUUUUUUAACAUUACUCAGAGUGUCUUUUAGAAGGUUAAAGGUUGGGGGUGGAGUGGAAACUGAAGCUGAAAUGUGUGCUGGCUGCAGCAGGUCCCGGCCCGGGGCAGGUCCAGGUGGCUCCAAGGACACGAAUGGACAGGAGCCUGGGGCAGAGUGGGGGUUUGGGAGUGGGGGGGGGUGUGCUCUGUGAAUUCAGGUCCCCAGCAGCAUCCCUGCUUUUCUGUCUCUGCCGGGCCUCUAUCCCAGAAAGGUGCCCAGCGGCACAGGUUUCUAGUCUACCACCACCCGGGCCUCCCGCCCCGCCCCGCCCCCAGGGUGCCCUGACUUUCCGUAAAUGACGGCGGCCAGGAAGCUCAGGGGCCGCACAGGAAGAAGCAGGGACUUUCCUGUCGCAGCCCCGGCUGCCCCCUGCCUCGGCUCGGCUGCAGGAUUUCUCUGUGUCACCCUGGAACUCACUCUGUAGACCUCGAAUCCACAGAGGUUCACCUGCCUCUGACUCCGGAGUGCUGGGAUUAAAGACAUGCACCACCACUGCCGGGACAGAUUUUUUUUUUUUAAUUUUUUAAAUACAAUUUCAUGCAGCCCAGACUGGCCUUGAACUUCUAAUCUUCCGCCUCCAUCUCUGGAGUUUUCUGGUAACAAGCUAUACUCAUGGCACCUCCAAGCGAGGAGACACCUCUCAUCUCUCAGCGCUCUUGUAGCCUCUCAUCCUCAGAAGCAGGAGCCCUGCAUGUGCUCCUUCCUCCCCGGGGACCUGGGCCUCCCCAGCGACUGUCAUUCUCUUUUGGGGACUACUUGGCUGAGGACCUGUGUGUGCGGGCUGCCAAGGCCUGUGGCAUCCUGCCCGUUUAUCAUUCGCUCUUCGCUCUGGCCACCGAGGACUUGUCUUGCUGGUUCCCCCCAAGCCACAUCUUCUCCAUAGAGGACGUGGACACUCAAGUCUUGGUCUACAGGCUACGCUUUUAUUUUCCUGGUUGGUUUGGACUGGAGACCUGUCACCGCUUUGGGUUACACAAAGAUUUGACCAGUGCCAUCCUUGACGUACAUGUUUUAGAACACCUCUUUGCCCAGCACCGCAGUGACCUGGUGAGUGGGCGUCUCCCAGUAGGCCUUAGCCUGAAGGACCAGGGAGAGUUCCUGAGCCUAGCUGUGCUGGACCUGGCCCAGAUGGCUCGUAAGCAGGCCCAGCGGCCAGGAGAGCUGCUGAAGUCCGUCAGUUACAAAGCCUGUCUGCCGCCCAGCCUGCGCGACCUGAUCCAGGGCCAGAGCUUCGUGACGCGCAGGCGCAUCCGCAGGACCGUGGUCCAGGCGCUGCGCCGUGUAGUAGCCUGCCAAGCCGACCGCUACGCACUCAUGGCCAAGUACAUCCUAGACCUUGAGCGGCUGCAUCCAGCGGCCACCACUGAGUCCUUCCUCGUGGGACUCCCGGGCGCCCAGGAGGAGCCGGGUUGCCUGCGUGUGACAGGGGAUAAUGGCAUCGCCUGGAGCUCCAAGGACCAGGAGCUUUUCCAGACCUUCUGUGACUUUCCAGAAAUCGUGGAUGUCAGCAUCAAGCAGGCUCCACGCGUGGGUCCGGCAGGGGAGCACCGGCUAGUCACCAUCACCAGGAUGGACGGUCACAUCCUGGAAGCGGAGUUCCCGGGGCUGCCUGAGGCGCUGUCUUUCGUGGCGCUCGUGGAUGGGUACUUUCGCCUGAUCUGCGACUCCAGGCAUUUCUUCUGCAAGGAGGUGGCACCGCCACGGCUGCUGGAGGAAGAGGCGGAGCUGUGCCAUGGACCCAUCACGUUAGACUUUGCCAUCCACAAGCUGAAGGCUGCUGGCUCCCUCCCGGGCUCCUACAUUCUCCGACGCAGCCCGCAGGACUAUGACAGCUUUCUUCUUACUGCCUGUGUCCAGACUCCUCUUGGCCCCGACUACAAGGGCUGCCUCAUCCGCCAAGACCCCAGUGGGGCUUUCUCCCUGGUUGGUCUCAGCCAGCUGCACAGAAGCCUACAGGAGCUGCUCACAGCCUGCUGGCAUUCUGGACUGCAAGUAGACGGCACUGCCCUGAACCUCACAUCUUGCUGCGUCCCCAGACCCAAGGAAAAGUCCAAUUUGAUCGUGGUGCGUAGGGGCCGCAACCCCACGCCUGCCCCCGGGCACUCCCCAUCCUGCUGUGCGCUGACUAAGUUGAGCUUCCACACAAUCCCAGCAGACAGCCUGGAGUGGCACGAGAAUCUUGGUCACGGCUCUUUUACCAAGAUCUUCCAUGGCCAUAGGCGGGAGGUUGUGGAUGGUGAGACACAUGACACAGAAGUCCUCCUGAAGGUUAUGGACUCCAGACACCAGAACUGCAUGGAGUCCUUUCUGGAAGCCGCAAGCUUGAUGAGCCAAGUAUCCUACCCGCACCUGGUGUUGCUGCAUGGAGUCUGCAUGGCUGGAGACAGCAUCAUGGUGCAGGAAUUUGUGUACCUUGGAGCAAUUGACACGUACCUGCGCAAGCGUGGUCACCUGGUGCCGGCCAGCUGGAAACUGCAGGUGACCAAGCAGCUGGCCUAUGCCCUUAACUACUUGGAGGACAAAGGCCUCCCUCAUGGCAACGUCUCAGCGAGGAAGGUGCUGCUAGCUCGUGAGGGGGUUGAUGGGAAUCCACCUUUCAUCAAGCUGAGUGAUCCUGGUGUCAGCCCAACUGUUUUGAGCCUGGAAAUGCUCACUGACAGGAUUCCCUGGGUGGCCCCGGAGUGUCUCCAGGAAGCUGGAACGCUCAACUUGGAGGCUGACAAGUGGGGCUUUGGCGCCACCACGUGGGAGGUGUUCAGCGGGGCACCCAUGCACAUUACCUCGCUGGAGCCCGCCAAGAAGCUGAAGUUCUAUGAGGACCGGGGACAGCUGCCGGCCCUCAAAUGGACAGAGCUGGAGGGGCUCAUCGCACAGUGCAUGGCGUAUGAUCCUGGCCGGCGCCCCUCCUUCCGAGCCAUCCUCAGAGACCUCAACGGCCUCAUUACAUCAGAUUACGAGCUCCUCUCAGACCCCACACCUGGCAUCCCGAAUCCCCGAGAUGAGCUGUGUGGUGGUGCCCAGCUCUAUGCCUGCCAGGACCCCGCCAUCUUCGAGGAGAGACACCUUAAGUACAUCUCCCUGCUGGGCAAGGGGAACUUCGGCAGCGUGGAGCUGUGCCGCUACGACCCUCUGGGAGACAAUACGGGACCCCUGGUAGCAGUGAAGCAGUUACAGCACAGCGGGCCAGAACAGCAGAGGGACUUCCAGCGAGAGAUUCAGAUCCUCAAGGCUCUACACUGUGACUUCAUCGUCAAGUACCGGGGAGUCAGCUAUGGGCCUGGUCGCCAGAGCCUGCGGUUAGUGAUGGAGUACCUGCCCAGCGGCUGCCUGCGGGACUUCCUGCAGCGCCACCGCGCGCGCCUGCACAACGACCGCCUACUGCUGUUCGCCUGGCAGAUCUGCAAGGGCAUGGAGUACCUGGGCGCACGCCGCUGCGUGCAUCGUGACCUGGCUGCGCGCAACAUCCUGGUGGAGAGUGAGGCGCAUGUGAAGAUUGCUGACUUCGGCCUCGCUAAGCUGCUGCCUCUCGGAAAAGACUACUACGUGGUCCGCGAGCCGGGCCAAAGUCCCAUCUUCUGGUACGCCCCUGAGUCCCUAUCUGACAACAUCUUCUCCCGCCAAUCUGACGUGUGGAGCUUCGGCGUGGUGCUGUAUGAGCUCUUCACCUACAGCGACAAGAGCUGCAGCCCAUCCACUGAGUUCCUGCGCAUGAUGGGGCCUGAGCGUGAGGGAUCCCCGCUCUGCCACCUCUUGGAGCUGCUGGCAGAGGGCCGCCGUCUCCCACCACCCUCCACCUGCCCUACUGAGGUUCAAGAGCUCAUGCAGCUGUGCUGGUCGCCCAACCCACAAGACCGGCCAGCAUUUGACACCCUGAGCCCCCAGCUGGAUGCGCUGUGGCGCGGAAGCCCCGGAUAGCAAGCAGCCAGGGAUGAGCGUGAGCUUGGUUCCUAUGAUCUGGCGGUGUGACUUCAGGCGGGAAGCUGUCCCUCUCUGGGCCCCAGCACCCCCAAUCCCCUCUGGCCACCUCUUCCCAUCAUUCUUCCCUCCCAGAAUGGGGAUGUUAAAUAAGUGACCCCAGGCUCUGCACGGUUGUCAUUACCUCUGGAAAUGCUUUACUAGCAAGUCUGCCUUCUGCAGAACUCACAACCCCAGGUCCCAAGAGCACCCUAGACUUGGCCAGAAACCCACCCAGACUCCCAGACCCUCUCUUGACCCUAGGUCUGUGCCCAGUCCCUUGCUCUCCUGUCCAUGGGUUUCUUGGGGGCUGUGAAACCUCAGCAUGGUCUCCUGAAAGAUUGGGUUCUGGGAGUGUUUGUUGAAUGAAUAAAUGAAUUCAAUAGAAAAA